GUCAACGUCCCAACGUCAAAAUAUGGUCAAACAGUUAAACGUCAACAAAAAACAAGGAAAGAAGCGAUCUUGUGAAACAUUUUUUAUUAAUUUCUUAGUUAAAUGAUUAUAUUGUAAGGCUAAUAACACUUAAAAAUGGUAGUGAAUGCACCGGAGUCGCCUACACAGGCCGGCGUAGUAUUCGUCGUGGAAGCGACCGCAGUGAAUGGUGCAUACAUAAGCGAGUUGUCUACAAAUUAUUUGCUUCCUACACUCGAAUAUUUCCAUGGAGGUGCAAUAGGAGAAGGUGGCGGCAGUGGCUCCGUGUACUGCGUGGUGGGGUACCGUGCUGCCGACUGCUACCCCGGCCUGCCAGUCUUCACAUUCGGACCCUUCACAACGCCGCAACAUGUCAUUGAUGCAGUUGAGAAAAUCCAUUACGUAGGAGGUCAUGCGGAGAGUCGAGCGUGCGUCACCGAAGCCCUGGCCACAGCGCUGGUUUGCUGCGAUGAGCUCGGACGGACAGACAUACCUCUACAUAUAGUAUUACUGUGUACCUCCCCGCCCUACUCCGCUUAUGCGGGGGGAUUGGUGCCGCCAGGAGCACCUUCAACUCCGGAGCAAGCCGCACGUCUCAUCAGCGAGAGAGGCGCUCAGCUGUCAGUGGCGGCUUCCAGGAGGCUCACAGCGUUUCACGCCUUGUACGAACAUGCCGGGGGAGAGCUACAUGCCGCCCAGCAGAGGAACUAUGCCAAGGAUCCCCGUCACCUGGUAUUGCUGCGCGGCUACAGCUUGACCGAACGUGCCCCGAGCCCCGCGCCGCCGCCCGCGCCCGACAUACAGACAGACGUGUACGGGCAAAACCGGCAAACAGGAGCCCGACCACCGGCGCCAUUGUUUCCGAGACAAACCGGCCAAGUGGGCCAGGUUGGUCAAGUUGGUCAAGUGGGUCAAGUGGGCCAAGUUGGGCAAGUGAGUCAAAUUGGACAGGUGGGCCAAGUGGGUCAAGUUGGCCAGGUCGGUCAAGUUGGCCAAGUAGGUCAGGUCAGGCCGGGCUGGCCGUCGCAGCAACGUCAGCCCCUGUAUAGCAGCAAUUCAGCGUUACUCACUCAGUUGGCGCAACCGUCUUAUCCGCCCCCGCCACCUGCUCAACGAAUGCCGAACAUGCUUUCCCCUGGUCCUUCGAACUCCCCUGCGCAAGCGGCGGCCGGAUCCCAGCGGAGCAUCAUAUGGAACGGCAUCAUUGAGUGGAUGGAGAAGGGCAAGGGGCCAGGGGACCAGCAGAAGACUGUCAGACAUCUACCCUGCCAGGUGUCAGCCAGCUCCAAGGACGUGGAGCCGGAACUGAAAGUGGUGACGUGGCCCAACAAGUUGCUGAUGCAGCUGAUGCCCAAGCAGCUGAUCAGCAACAUCGGCGGCGAGUACCUCAAGGACAGCAAAUCGGUGCUGUUCCAUCUUCAGCCCAGCGAGGCUCUGGAUGCCCUUACCAAAGUCAUGGUCAACGGCUUCGCCGGCUGCGUGCACUUCUCGCCGAACACGUCGCCCCCGCAGUGCGACAUCAAAGUGCUGAUCCUGCUUUACACGCCGGACAAGAAGGCCUACCUCGGGUUCAUACCCAACAACCAGGCAACCUUCGUCGACAGGCUGCGGAAGGUGAUCCAGCAGCAGAAGAUCAGUCAGAUCAUCAACAAACAGCAGCCGGCGGUCAGCUCUGCGAUGCCCACAUCGACGAUGGCCGGUUCCAUGCCGACGGCGGGCAUGUCGUCCGGCGGCAUGAACAUGGGCGCCGGGAGCAGCAUGAUGGCCGGCCCAUCUACACAGAUGCAGCAUCAGCAGGGUAUGAUGGUGGGUGGUGGCAUGGGCGGUCAAGUCCAGCAAGUUUCCUCCCUCUCUCGUCCCGGGGCCCAGCUCGACGGCCUGGAGGUCGCCCGGCAACAGAACCUGGAGAAGAUCCAGCAUCUCCAGCAAACCCUGGAGGCGGCUCAUCAGCAGCAGUACAAGUCUCAGAGGGACAUCAUGUCGCAUUUGCACGCGGCGCAGCAACAAGAGCAGCAUUACAAGCAGCUGGAGCACCUGGAGAAGAUCCAGCAUCUCCAGCAAACCCUGGAGGCGGCUCACCAGCAGCAGUACAAGUCUCAGAGGGACAUCAUGUCGCAUUUGCACGCGGCGCAGCAACAAGAGCAGCAUUACAAGCAGCUGGAGUUACAGCAACAGAUCCAGCAACUGCGCGGCGCUGGCGGCGGUCACGCGCCCCGCAUCAUGAGACCGCUCCUACCUUCAAACCCUGGGCUUAGGCAUCUACUGCAGCAGCAACCACAGUACCGGCCCGGAGGCGCCACUACGCGGCCCUCCACACAAACACAGCAGUUCGAAGAUGUGUCAAAUUACGACUUUUUAUAGGAAUUAUUGAAUAUGAAAAUUUACUAAAUAUAGUAGGUACCUAGUUUUAUU